CGCGACGCGGGUGCGCGCGGCUUAUAUUUUUCGUGCGUUUCCUCGCGCUCCCAGCCUUUCUUUGCACACGCCACACACCGAGCAAGCAGAGGAGGAGUAUUAUAUUCUUCGCGGGGCCGAGCCGAUUCAACGCGCAGUGCUCGCUCGCGCGCGCGCGGGAGCGUCUCGGGGUUGGACACCGGCCGGCCCAGCUUCCUGUGAAGGAUAUAAGCUCCCUGCCUCGUUGUUCAACUGCUCGGCGUCGAUCACGCAGCGCGGGAGAUCGCGCAAAGAACCGAGAAGAGCUCAUCUCAUCCACCAUCACUCGCGCAGAGAGAUCGAUAGCCACAGCGCACAAGCAACGCGCCGCCAAUCACAUGCGCGCGGCGGUGCAGGGGCGGGCACAUGCGUGGACGACGACGACGACGACACCGCCGGGCGCGAUGAGAGGCCGGGCGCUGGUCCUCGUGGCCGCGCUGCUGCUGCAGCUGCUUCUCCUCGCCGCUGCCGGUGGCGCGGGCGCGGCGGCGACGGAGAGGAAGGCGCACAACUACGAGGACGCGCUGCGGAAGAGCCUGCUCUACUUCGAGGCGCAGCGGUCGGGGCGGCUCCCGCACAACCAGCGCGUCGCGUGGCGCGACCACUCCGGCCUCACCGACGGCCUCGAGCAAGGGGUGGAUUUGGUGGGAGGCUACUACGACGCCGGCGACCAUGUCAAGUUCGGGCUGCCCAUGGCGUUCACGGUGACGAUGCUGUCGUGGAGCAUGAUCGAGUACGGCGACGACGUCGAGGCCGCCGGCGAGCUCGGCCACGCGCUCGAGGCCAUCAAGUGGGGCACUGACUACUUCAUCAAGGCGCACACCAAGCCCAACGAGCUCUGGGCUGAGGUCGGGGACGGCGACACGGAUCACUACUGCUGGCAGCGGCCGGAGGACAUGACGACGUCGAGGCAGGCGUACAAGGUGGACCGGGAGCGGCCGGGCUCCGACGUCGCCGGCGAGACGGCGGCGGCGAUGGCCGCCGCGUCCAUCGUCUUCCGCAAGUCCAACCCGCACUACGCGAGCCUCCUCCUGCACCACGCCCAGCAGCUGUUCGAGUUUGCCGACAAGUACAGAGGGAAGUAUGACAGCAGUAUCGCCGAGGUGAAGAGCUACUACGCGUCGGUGAGCGGGUACAAGGACGAGCUCCUUUGGGCCGCAUUGUGGCUGCACCGGGCCACCGGCAAGGCCCAUUACCUCGACUACGUCGUGGACAACGCCGACUGCUUCGGUGGCACCGGCUGGGCCAUCACCGAGUUCAGCUGGGACGUCAAGUACGCCGGCGUCCAGAUCCUCGCCGCAAGACUGCUGCUGAGAGGAGAGCACGAGGAGCGGCACAGGAGCACGCUGGAGCAGUACAGGGCGAAGGCGGAGCACUACGUGUGCGGGUGCCUGGGGCGGAACGCGGACGGCGGCGCGGACGCGAACGUGGAGCGGAGCCCGGGCGGGAUGCUGUACGUGAGGCAGUGGAACAACAUGCAGUACGUGACCAACGCGGCGUUCCUCCUCGCGGCGUACGCGGACUACCUGGGCGACGACGCGGACGGCGCCGUGUCGUGCGCGGGCGGCGAGACGGCGGGCGCGGGCGAGGUGGCGGCGCUCGCGAGGGCGCAGGUGGACUACGUGCUGGGCACCAACCCGAGGGGGAUCAGCUACCUGGUCGGGUACGGCGCCAAGUACCCGAACAGGGUGCACCACCGCGCCGCGUCCAUCGUGCCGUACAAGCACAGCAAGGAGUUCAUCGGGUGCACGCAGGGGUUCGACCACUGGUUCGGUCGCCGGAGCUCCAACCCGAACGUCCUCGUCGGCGCCAUCGUCGGUGGGCCGGACCGGCGGGACAGGUUCAGGGACAACCGGGAGAACUACAUGCAGACGGAGGCGUGCACGUACAACACGGCGCCCAUGGUCGGCAUGUUCGCCAAGCUGAACAGGAUGGCCCGGCAGGAGAGGGAGCAGGAGGAGGUGGCGGCUCCGGCGAGGAGUACGGCGGCCGAUGUGUAAAUAGAUUAGGUUAUAGAGGGGGGGCUGUACAAUUUUCCCCAUUCUUUUGUUCAUUUUUCUUCUCCUUCUUUGGAGAUCUUCUUUUCACACAGAUUGGAAAAAUUCAUUUUGUAUACAAAAAGAGAAAGGGACGGGUGGAGGCAUUCGCAUGCAAAUGUAAAUUCGCCACCGGUACAUACGAAGAAAAAGAAUUUUAUCAUUUGGCUUC